AUGGAAUCCCAGCCCCCGCCGGUGCCACGUUCGGCCACAUCGACAUGGACACAGCAGUCCCCAUCGCAGCACCCCACACCUCCCAGUGCUGCCCACGACGACUACAGCUACGCAUACAACGAGAAAGACGCAUACCAGCGCCAGCAACACGCCUGGACAGAUCGCCACAGCAGGUCGAGUUACCGCGCUCAUGAUUCCGUCAUCUCCUCCCACCCCUUGUCACCAAAGGGAUCCUCUCUGCCAAGCCCCUGCAGCAGCAUCAACUCGACCAGAGGGCCACACAGAAACUCAAAACCAGAGUUUCAUUACUCGGCAUCAGACAUAGAACAACAACAACACCAAAUUCAAUUUCCACCACGCGCCUACAUCGACCCCGAGAAACAAGCCCAUCGUUAUUCGCACAGCCACCCGUCGCCAAACCGCGCAUCGGCAGGACCGGAAGAUGAUGCCAUCGUCUACGACAAGGGCGCGUACCACGAGAAAGGACCAGAGGAAAAAGCAUGGCAGUUAUUGUUUUGGCUCUGCGGCCCAUGUGCCUUUCUCUCCGGCGCCAUCGCUCUAUGGACCUUUUUCGCUAUCCUCAUCGUGCUUCUAUUAGCACCGCUUCGCUUGUGCACCACGCGACAGCCACUAUCAGAACAAAUUAUCAAGUUUCUCGCACCGGCGCUAAAUCUGCAACUGCACAUGGUCUAUUCCCACGACGCAACAACCGGAUACAGUGCGCCCAUGCUCGUUAUUAUCAGCUUAUUUUCCCCCAUCGUCGCAUUCGGUGUCGCAAUGGCCGCAUGGACAGCCGCCGGCUUCUGGUUCUUCUCGUUGAUUCUGGGUGACCCUGGCGGUAACGAUGGACACAACGACGGCAAAGAGAGCAUUGUUGGUGUACGGAACUGGUGGGAACGAUGGCUAUCAAGAGGAUUGAGGGAGACGAACGCAUGA